AUGGUAAGGGCUACAGAUUCGCCUUUCACCACUACGGUACUUGAAUGCCCUGUACCGUCAAAGUUCCGCUUACCUCAACUUGAGCCGUUCGACGGACUCAGAGACCCUCAGGAUCACCUUAAUACCUUUAAGACGACUCUAGGUCUUCAACAACCACCUGUCGAGAUACUGUGUCGUUCCUUUCCCACCACUCUCAAAGGAGCUACAAGAGAAUGGUUCACGAAGUUGCCGACCUCGUCCGUAGACAACUUCGAUCAGUUGAGUAGUGCCUUCUUGCUCCAUUUCAUAGGGGGGCAACGUCCAAGAAGGCCGGCAGACUACUUACUCACCAUAAGACAGGGAGAGAAGGAAACUCUGAGGUCGUAUGUCAAACGCUUCACUCGGGAGACUCUGGAGGUGGACAAAGCCGAUGACAAGGUACAGUUGACGACCUUCAAGGCGGGGCUGAGGUCCAGAGAUCUCGUGGCCUCCCUUGCAAAGAACCCACUAAAGACGAUGGCAGAAAUGCUCCUGAAAGCACAGAAGUACAUGAAUGCUGAAGAUACUUUAGCAGCCAUAAAGGAUGCCGAGAAGCUAGGCGAUAAGGCAAAGAAAGAAGACGACCAUAGGGGGCAGAAGAGAGAGCAACUGGAUUGUCGGAACAAUGACGGGAAUAGGAGGAAAGAUGAUAAAAGUCCUCAGACAAACAAGUACUGCCGGUUCCACAAAGAUCACGGCCACAACACAGAAGAUUGCAGAGACCUAAAGGAGCAGAUGAAGGAGUUAAUACGGAAAGGGAAGUUACAGAAAUAUGUGAAGAAAGGAGAAUAUAGUAAAUUCAAGGAUGACAAUAAAAUCCAGUAUGAGUCCUUUUCCCGGGAUGACGACCGUCCGUCCCAGCCUCCACACAAGGUGAUCGGGGAGAUAAAGACGAUUACAGGAGGGCUGUUUUUAGGAGGAUUGUUUAAAUCAUUCAAGAAGGCAUACCAGAGACAGGUAAAUAGUGUCCACGCCAUACCUCCAUCUAAGCACCGACGAACAUACCAGGACAUAUCCUUUAAGGAAGGAGACGCCAUGGGAGUGAAGCAGCCCCACAACGAUCCUUUGGUCAUAAUGCUGAAUAUAGAAGGAUUCAAUACCAAAAGGAUCCUCGUCGACAAUGGCAGCUCCGCAGACAUCAUCUACCUCCCGGCCUUCCAGCAACUGAGGCUAGAUCCAAGGAGACUGUGCCCCUUUAACUCUCCGCUUGUCAGUUUCAGUAGAGACAGGCUGACCCGUCAGCUAGACUUCUUAGUGGUGGACUGCCCCUCAUCCUACAAUGUCAUCAUUGGGAGGCCCACACUCAACAAGUGGAAAGCGGCAACAUCCACCUACUGUUUGAAGGUAAAAUUCCCAACAGAUAAUGGCGUCGGUAAAGUAAAAGGAGAUCAAGUCCUGGCAAAAGAAUGCUAUCAAGCCGUCCUGGCUGUAAAGGAGAACCACACGUGGAUGAUUGAAGAAAAGGAAGAAGACAGAAUGAAGGCCCUGGAAACAGUGGAAUUGAUUGAAGGAGAAGCAAACAAGACGACAAAGAUAGGAACGACGCUAAGCCCCGAGAUGAAAACAAGGCUCAUAAGGUUCCUUAAAGAAAACCUAGACGUCUUCGUAUGGAGCCACGAGGACAUGCUGGGCAUAGAUCCAGAGGUCAUCCAGCAUAAGUUGAAUGUGAACUCGAAACGGAAGCCCGUCCAGCAAAGACGAAGAACCUUUGCCUCAGAACGAGAUCAAGCAGUUGUAAAGGAAGUUACUAAACUCUUGACGGUAGGGUUCAUCCGGGAAGUGUACUAUCCUGAAUGGCUCGUGAACGUCGUCUUAGUAAAGAAAGCAAAUGGAAACGUUUGCAACCCCCAAAAAACACCAGAUGAGGCUGAAUCCAAGUAA